GCUAUGAGUGAGGAAGACUUGUGUAUUUCAUGUCAAAAGACUGUGCCUUGUGAUGGUCGAUUUAUGAAAUGUCUUGAAUGCAAAUAUUUCUAUCAUCUUGGAUCUAGCUGCUCAGGCAUAGCUCCCAAUACAUUUACUACUAUGGGGCAGCCGAAAAGAGACUAUCGUGCUGUGAAACUUAAACUGCAUGCUUUUUCUGCUACUGAUGUGGUUGCCGUGCAUCGCUUCCCUGGCAAGCAGGAUUCUUCUCCAACAGUUCUGGUGCGCUUUUGCAAUGUCGCUAUGAGACAAAAAUGGUAUAACAAGCGUGGUAAAUUACAAGAGUUAUACCUCACUAAAGUGCUACCGAAACUUUUCUUCAAUGACAACCUAACAAAGCUCAACAGGCAUCUGUUCUGGCUUGCUAGGUCUGCGGGCAAGCAAAACAAUUACAAAUUCAUUUGGGUGACAGCAGGCAAAUUAUUUGCCAAGAAGGAUGAGGAUGCUCCACUCAAUCGAAUAAUCAAUGACGGUGAUAUUGAAAAGAUCAAGUGA